AUGGAUUAUCGUCUAUCAGCUUUCUUCUGCGUUAUACUUAUUGUGAUUGUUGCAGCCAUUCCUUAUGAGCAAGUAAAAGUUGAUCGGGAGAAGCGUGAUGUUAUAGACUCUAUGAAGAAUGCGUGGACGGAGGUGGUGAAGACCUUGACUGAUGCUGGCGAUGCCGUAGUUCAUGUAUUCAAACCGACGGAAAGGAGCACCCUCGAUAAAUUAGCCGACAGUGUGAAAGGCCUCACGCAAUAA